AGAUGAAACAGGAGGGCCUGGACGGGAUCGAGAGGUUCGCCAGCCCAGGAAAGGGCAGAGGGAUCCGGGUCACCAAACCGUUCAAAGUCGGGGAACUACUGUUCACCUGUCCGGCGUUUGCGUACGUCCUGUCGGUCAGCGAAAGGGGAUAUCUGUGUGAUUUCUGCUUCGCAAAGAAGGAGGGCCUGGCCAAGUGUGGAAAGUGUAAGAAAGCCUUCUACUGCAAUGCAGGCUGCCAGAGAGCGGACUGGCCACUGCAUAAGCUGGAGUGCUCCUCUAUGUGUGCGUACGGAGAGAAAUGGUGUCCCUCGGAGACCGUACGCCUCAUCGCCAGAAUCCUCAUCAACAUGAAAUCAAACAAGGAUGGUCAAAGAGGGGCAUCACAGAAGCUUUUACUCAUGAGCGACUUGGAAGCCCAUCUGGAUGAGAUGGACAACGAGCGGCGAGAGGUGAAUGAGAUGGACAUCUCCGCCCUGCACCACUUCUACUCCAAACACCUGGACUUCCCUGACCACACACAGCUGCUGCGCAUCUUCUCCCAGGUGAACUGUAAUGGAUUCACCAUUGAGGAUGAGCAGCUGACUCAUCUGGGAUCAGCAGUAUACCCUGAUGUGGCGCUGAUGAAUCACAGCUGCUGUCCUAAUGUGAUUGUGACCUAUAAGGGGACGCUGGCAGAGAUACGGGCCGUGCAGGACAUGAGGCCUGGAGACGAGAUUCUGACGAGCUACAUUGACCUCCUGUACCCAACGGAUGACAGAAAUGAGCGACUCAGAGACGCCUACUUCUUCACCUGCAACUGCAAAGAGUGCUUCUCCAGAACCAAGGACAAGCAGAAGCUGCGUCUGAGGAAGAUGAGUGAAGCCCCGCCCCAACAGGAAGUGAGGGACAUGCUACGCUACGGCCGCAACACCAUGCAGGAGUUCCGCAAGGCCAAGCACCAAAGGGAUCCAUCAGAGCUGCUCCAGAUGUGUGAGAUGAGUCUAGAGAGGAUGGGCGCCGUGUUUGACGACUCCAACGUAUACAUGCUCCACAUGAUGUACCAGGCCAUGGGGGUGUGCAUCUACCAGGGAGAUUGGGAGCAGGCCGUUAGGUACGGGGAGAAGAUCAUCGGCCCCUUCAGUGCUCUGUACCCAGACUACUCUCUGAAUGUGGCCUCUAUGUACAUCAAGCUGGGCCGGCUCUACCUGGGACUGGACAAGGUGUCCUCGGGAAUCAAGUACUUUAAAAAGGCUCUAUCCAUCAUGGAGGUUACCAUGGGGAAGGAUCACUAUUCCAUUGGAGAGCUGAAGAGAGAGAUGCAGCAGUACUGAAGCCGUCUCCACCUACCCCUGAUACCUGCCCCCCCGACUCCACCUGCCCCUGAUACCUGCCCC